AUGCCCAUCUCCUCACUGCUCCACGCACCUGCCGUUGCCGCUGCCGCUGCCGCUGCCGCUGCUGCUGCUGCUGCUGCACCUGAUGCCUCAUCCGGCUGCCGGCUGCCGGCUGCCGUCUGCACAACCAUCAUGCCCACCUCGGUGAUCUGCAAUAGCAUCGCCAAGGCCGCCAGCGCCGCAUGUGCGUGCCACGUACUCCUUACUGUGCCACAUACAUGAAUGCCUAAUGCUACUGCGAAUGCUGUCCGCACAGGCAGGUCUACCAAUGCCUGCCAAUCAUGACUGCUCUGCCACAUGUCCCAUUUCACAUGCGCAUCAUGGACUGCGCAAAGCAACAACAACAACAACAACAACAACAACAUGUACAUACAAAUGCAUUGCCUGAGGCACUGCUAACUACUGCUUCUGCUGCCUUCAUCUACAUAUAUGUAGGUGCAGACAGCGGGGCAUGUGGAUGUGCGCCUGCAGUAUGCACAAGUUCCCACUGGCAUCAUACUGGUAAGAGUGGACAAACCUGAUUCAUGCGAUACGUCACUUCCUGUCGCCAGGCCCAGGCCCUCACUUGGCGUUACUAAAAGGAAGAAAGCCAUUGAAGACGGUGUGAAUGCCAGACAAAUUGCUAUGCCUCGGCCAACAGCAACUGCCACAGCAACAACAACAACAACAACAUCCUCAUCAGCAUCAGCAUCCAGCCCGACUGUCAUAUUUCCACCACAAUCCCACCUCAUUACCUCUUCCCACUAUGUGACAAUCAUGCAACGCAUACCUCAGUUGCACUUAGUAGACAUUCGGCACAACCAUCCUCAUGCGCAAUGCAACCGACCAAUCCAUCUCUAAUCACACAAUGCCCAUCUCCUCACUGAUCCACGCACCUGCCGCUGCCGCUGCCGCUGCCGCUGCUGCUGCUGCUUCGGCUGCACCUGAUGCCUCAUCCGGCUGCCGGCUGCCGGCUGCACAACCAUCAUGCCCACCUCGGUGAUCUGCAAUAGCAUCGCCAAGGCCGCCAGCGCCGCAUGUGCGUGCCACGUACUACUUACUGUGCCACAUACAUGAAUGCCUAAUGCUACUGCGCAUGCUGUACGCACAGGCAGGUCUACCAAUGCCUGCCAAUCAUGACUGCUCUGCCACAUGUCCCAAUUCACAUGCGCAGCAUGGACUGCGCAAAGCAACAACAACAACAUGUACAUACAAUUGCAUUGCCUGACGCACUGCUAACUACUGCUUCUGCUGCCUUCAUCUACAUAUAUGUAGGUGCAGACAGCGGGGCAUGUGGAUGUGCGCCUGCAGUAUGCACAAGUUCCCACUGGCAUCAUACUGGUAAGAGUGGACAAACCUGAUUCAUGCGAUACGUCACUUCCUGUCGCCAGGCCCAGGCCCUCACUUGGCGUUACUAAAAGGAAGAAAGCCAUUGAAGACGGUGUGAAUGCCAGACAAAUUGCUAUGCCUCGGCCAACAGCAACUGCCACAGCAACAACAACAACAACAUCCUCAUCAGCAUCAGCAUCCAGCCCGACUGUCAUAUUUCCACCAAAAUCCCACCUGAUAACCUCUGCUCACUAUGUGACAAUCAUGCAAGGCAUACCUCAGUUGCACUUAGUAGACAUUCGGCACAACCAUCCUCAUGCGCAAUGCAACCGACCAAUCCAUCUCUAAUCACACAAUGCCCAUCUCCUCACUGCUCCACGCACCUGCCGUUGCCGCUGCCGCUGCUGCUGCUUCGGCUGCACCUGAUGCCUCAUCUGGCUGCGGCUACCGUCUGCAUAUCCGACAUGCCCACCUCGGUGAUCUGCAAUAG